CUGGGCGGGGCGGGGGGGGUGGCGCCCGGAGGGGGCGUGGCCUAUUGGGCCCUCCACUGCUCCGGGGACCGGCUGGAGUUCUGGCACGCCGGCGUGCAGACGGCUUUGUGGGCGGAGCCCUGCCGGCGGGUCGGCGUGUUCCUGGACCGGCCCACGGGCGCCCUGUGCUUCCACCGGGCCACCGGCGCCAUGGAGACGCUGCACCGCGUCCGGGCGGACUUCCACCGCCCGCUGCACGCCGCCCUCAUCUUCGAACACGCCGCCGGGGACGCCGCCGAGUUCGUCCCCGCGGACGGGGCCCAAACCUCACUGACCCGGAUCCCCCCCGACUCACCGGAGCAGGAAGGGGCCUAA